AUCUCAGCUGUCAACCAACAAUCUCAACGCGAUACGAAACGAUUUUGUUUUAUUCUAUUCCAUAUUAAUUAAUCGUUAACGCCCCAUAAUGGUUGAUGAUUUGCGUAAAUAUUUGAACCAUUUACUGGAAAAAGUAAAUGGCUUACAUAGCAUAAUAAUAACGGACAGAGAUGGAGUCCCUCUGGUGCGGGCGGUGACUGAAAGGGCGCCGCAGCUUGCCCUGAGGCCUAAUUUCAUAUCAACGUUCGGUAUGGCGACUGAUCAGGCCAGCAAACUUGGCUUAGGAAGGAACAAGACUAUCAUAUCAAUGUAUUCCAGUUAUCAGGUGAUACAAAUGAACAAGCUGCCUCUAGUGAUAACUUUCAUUGGCAGCGACAACUGCAACACCGGACACAUCCUAUCUUUAGAGAGUCAGAUAGAACCGUUCCUGAAAGACCUGGCUGCUGUGGUGCAGGAUGCACCUUGAGAGUAACUAAAUGAGUUAACACAUAAACCAAGUCAGACCAAGCUAAUUCUGCACAGACUGCAGUGACAAGAGUGUAGCAUUUCCGCUAAAAAGAGACAUGGAAGGAGCAGUCCACACUGUCAUUUCAAUGUUAGUGCAGAAUUAGCUUAGGCAGACUUGCAUGGUAAAAUUAGUGGCAGUCCUAGAAUCAAUCAGUCUCAAAAAAAUGGCAUGUUUAUAACAUUCAAUACGUUAAACUUUCUUUAAAAAACAGUUAUUUUUGAGACUGACGAUUUUUGUGAUCUAUGAGUACCUAUGUAUAAAAAUCUUUGUAAAUAAUUGACACUAACAUAUUGUAUUCUAAAAUGUCUAUAUGUAAUUUAAUGCUUAUUUUUUACUCAGUGCCAAGUUGUGGCCAAAAGUAUAUAAUGAUUUUUAUCAAUUUUUAUAAUUCAAUUUAAACUGUUGUGAGACAUACUAACAUUAAAU